AAGCUUUUGAUAAAUCUGUUGACUUGAUGGAUAUGAUGAUUGUUCUUGCUGAUUGAUGAGUCUUAGCAAGUGAUUUGGUGUGUGAUUUGUGUAUAUUAUUAUUCUGCUUUGCAAAGAUUUGGAUGCUCAGUUCAUGCCAUUGAUCAAAGUUGGAAGCUUUAUUUGAUUCAUUAUGCCAGAAUGCGAUGAAGGAACCACUAAUAACUGGUUGUGAUUCUCACAAAGAAGCCAUGAGUUACCAGACUGGAAAUGGUCAAGCAAUAAGGAAUGAGGGAAAGAGGAUUGCAAUAUUUGUCUGCUGGCUUCUGGGAAAUGGAUCCCUAUUCCCAUGGAAUAGCAUGCUUACCAUAGAAGAUUAUUAUGCUUACCUCUUUCCGAAUUACCAUCCUUCAAGAGUGCUUACUCUUGUGUAUCAACCCUUCGCUGUUGGAACCAUUGCAAUACUAGCUUACCGUGAAGCAACACUAAAUACAAGAAAACGGAACUUAAUUGGGUUCGCCCUUUUCUUCUUCAGUUCACUUGCGAUUGUUAUUUUGGAUGUGGCAACAUCUGGGAAAGGAGGCAUUGGAGUCUUUAUUGGUAUAUGCAUCAUUAGUGGAGUAUUUGGAAUCGCUGAUGGUCAUGUGCAAGGAGGACUUGUUGGUGAUCUGUAUUUGAUGUGCCCUGAAUUUGUUCAAUCCUUCUUGGCUGGCUUAGCUGCUUCUGGAGCUCUGACCUCUGCUUUGCGGUUUAUAACAAAGGCGGCUUUUGAGAAUAGUAAAGGCGGUCUUCGCAAUGGAGCUUUGCUAUUCUUUGCCAUUUCUGCAUUUUUUGAGCUACUAUGUGUUCUUCUAUAUGCAUUUGUCUUCCCCAAACUGCCAAUUGUGAAGUACUAUCGUUCAAAAGCUGCUGCAGAAGGAUCAAAGACAGUUGCUGCUGAUCUUGCCGCUGGUGGAGUCCAAACUCAAGAAGACCGAGGAGCUGAAGAAGAUCCGAAAUCUCUAGAGCUUCUAAGCAAAAAACAGUUGUUUUUGGAAAAUAUAGAUUAUUGUGUUGGUAUUUACGUCAUUUAUGUUCUCACCUUGUCAAUUUUCCCUGGGUUCUUGUCAGAGGAUACUGGAUCACACGGCUUAGGUUCUUGGUAUGUACUUGUCCUGAUUGCGAUGUACAAUGUCUGGGAUCUCAUUGGUAGAUACAUACCAGUAGUAGAGAGGCUGAAAUUGAAGUCAAGAAAAGCCCUCCUGGGUGCAAUUAUUUCUCGAUUCUUAUUCAUUCCAGCCUUCUAUUUCACGGCAAAAUACGGAGGCCAAGGGUGGAUGAUCUUCUUGACCUCAUUCUUAGGACUAAGUAAUGGUUACCUUACCGUCUGCGUGCUAACUGCUGUUCCAAAGGGAUACAAGGGACCUGAGCAAAAUGCUUUAGGGAAUUUGCUUGUGGUGUGCCUUCUGGCUGGUAUUUUUUCCGGAGUUACACUUGAUUGGUUGUGGCUUAUUGGCAAAGGCUGGUGAUGCUGCAGAUACGCUCAGAAGCAGUUUCUUUUAUAUGGAAUGGUUUAUUUAUUUGCAUAGUUUUGAUUUAUUUAUUGUCUUUGAACAUGCCAUUAAACUAUGAUUUCUAGUUUGUGACAUUUGACCACAUAUGUUUGAUGAGCUAAUUAUGAUGCAAA